ACAAACAGGAUACAAGGAUUCUCGUACUUCCUGAUGGCAAACUGAUCGCCAUAAUGAAACAAAAAAAUGGACCUAAUAUGUCAACAAAAGUAAGGUUGCAAGUAUGAGGUGAAAUCUUUGAAAGUGGAGGUUAUCAUGCAUAGCAGAGGUUCCUCGGCUAAGUAUCAAGUCUUGGAAUCCUCUAGUCUGAAAUGUUGCAUUGUGGGUGAUACAAAGUCGGGCAAGACAGCCCUCUCCUAUCGUAUGCAGGCUCAGGAAUUCAGGGCCGACUACUCGGCCACUUCUUUCGAUAAUUAUUCAGUCACAUCAUUGGUUGAUGGUACGCCAUAUCAUCUAAGUUUAUUUGACACUGCUGGAAAUCACGAUAUGGUCCAGCUUCGAUCUCUAUCUUAUGACAAAUCAGACGUUGUGCUUGUUUGUUUCUCGUUGGCGGAUCCACUCAUGUUUGUGAAUGUGGAGAAAUUCUGGGUAAAUGAGAUCCGCUCCUUUCUUCCACAUACCCCUUUUCUCCUUGUUGGUACUCACCUGGAUUUAAGGGACCAACGAUCUAGUACAGCAGGAGAAAAUCUUGUUGUCUCAGACAUUGUGAUUCCCAGAACACGUGUUGCGGAUAUGGCGACUCGUCUAGGCACCGCGGGAUACGUCGAGUGCUCCUCUAAAACUGGUGAGGGGAUAGAAGAGUUAAUCAAGGAACUAGUAGUGGCUGCCCACUUCCGGCCAAAAGAAAAUACGUCAAAUGACUGUUGCUGCUCUGUGAUGUAAACUUUGAUGUUAAAUUAUAUGCAUGUAUAUUUUUUCUAUAAAAAUUGUAAAUAAACUGAUAAUUUAUAUGAAUAGAU